ACAUUCGGGGCCCGUAUUGCAACCCCUCUGCAUCCUGGAACUCCAACAGUCGCAUUAAAAGCCAGCGAAACGCCCUUUGCGCAUCUGCUACAAGGGAAUAUUCAGGCAGUUUGUUCGCAGCAACCGUCGAGUUCAGGUCAAGGAAGUAACGGUAAUAAUACUGCAAACGAAUCUUCCUUUCAAUAAACUGCACUCACAAUUUCCUCCACUCUUCAGUAAAUAUAAACACACAAGUUUCCCGCGUCUACAAAGAAAAGAAAAGUGUUCCAAAUUCAAAAAAGAAAAAACAAUUUUUUUUCUCAAAAUAAUAGAAACAAAUUUAAAAUAUUUUUAAAAGCAAUUUGAAAAAGUGCCAGAAAAUUGAUUUCAACACAAAGACCACCAAAGAUAAAGGAAGUAAAUAAACCAAAAAGAAAAGCAAGUGAAAAUCAAGGAUGAAGUGAAAUCGACAAAAUAUUCUAAACACAAUGAAGGGAAUAAGUGAAGAAAAAAUUUAAAGUGAAGACAAAAAAAGAAAAAAGUGAAAAUUCAAAAAAUCAUUUUUUAAAAAAUGAAAAUUGAACAUAGAAGACAACAAAGAAACAAGUGAAAAUAGAAUAAAUUCUCAAAAAUCGAAAGUUAAAAACAAAUUUAAAAAAAAAGGAAAAUAAAAUUGAAAAGAAGAAAAAUAAAAAUGUGCAUAAAGAGCUUUUCGGAAAUUCAGAGACCAGUAGCGCCGCUACGUCCGUCCGUGACCCGGUCCUUGGCAACCUGGCAAACCCCCACCUUCGUCAGUAGUAUCAUCAUUUUACUGAUAAAUCGUCGUCAAUAAAAUUCAAAGUAUCAUAUAAAAACAAACUGCUACGAAUUAAAUGCAUUCCAAGCAGUUCAAUGAUCGGCUAUGCAUAUACAGUGUCAUUCAAGUGAACCGGUCCGGGGUCAAAUAAUGUGACUUCAACUUUCCCCAUUGAUUGGAAUCAGCUUUCAAAAGAAGAAACUGCACACAAAGGACAAAAAGAAACAAAAAAAAAAAAAAAGAAGACGAAGAAGAAUAAGCAAAAAUGAAUCAUCCAAAUGAACCAACGCCAGUGCACUGUUAUACAAAUCCAUCCUUUUGCCGACAAUCCGAGUUCAUUCAUGAUGACAGAAAUGAUCUCCCGCCACCUCCACAAUUUCAGGGAGACGAUCUUCCCCCACCUCCACCGCCACAACAGCUGCAGAUGCAACAUCAUCAAUAUGGACAAACUAAUGCUGCCUUUCAAAGUCAGCCGGAAACUGCAGCCGAGAUACAAAUGCGAAAUAAUCACUCAAUUCAAGAGCGUUAUUGUUAUCUCGAAGAGACGGGACCACCAGCAGCAGCAACAACAGCAUCAUCAUCAUCAUCAUCAACAACAUCAUCUAGUCACAGAAGAUAUGGCAGUCUUCCGGUUCAAGAACAACGGGUGACCUACAAUGUACAAUCCUCGAGAUAUGAAUACAUUCAGGACGAUGCUGCUGAGCGAGCUCAAUUGCAAAGAACAGGCUCAUCGAGAUAUGAAUUUAUACCACAUCAACAGGUGCUUCGUUCUGCUCCGCCGGUCAACCAAGAGAACAACAACGGACAACUGCAGCUGCGUACGUGCCGGAACAACGGGGCACGAUACGCUGUUGUACCGGGUGACCAAGACUAUCAGGAGAAUGAAACUACAUGGAAUGGUGCCAAAGUCAUUUCCCCCAUUCGCCGGCAAAUUAGUACACCACAAGGUCGAUACACCAGUUUACCUUUAGAGGAACCUCCGGCACUUCCAGACAGAAAUAUUUCUGAAUAUCCAGCAUCACCUCGAAAUAAUAUUGCCACUCAAAAACUCCAUGAAAUUUUGACCACACCCAGAAAACCCAGGUCAAGAUCAGAAGAAAGAACAUUAUCGCCCAAAAGACAUCACACAGCUCCUCAAACUGGAACACCUCAAAGAAGAGCAUUCAGUCCUGGAAAUUCACCAUCAGGUCGUGCUCUAAGUCCAAAUCCUAGAGGAACGCCACAUGGAACACCGCAAAAUAGAGCAUUUUCGCCAAAUGGACCACAGACUUCAACCCCAAAUAAGGAAUCUUCAGCCAGACGAUGUUUACCACUCAACGAAAGUUCAUCACGUCAACAAGAUCUCUGCCCUGCAUCCAAUUGUGGUAAAUUACGUUAUGUGGGCACUGCUCCGACAGACUUGGUUCAAUUAGAUCAGGGAUAUUCAAUAUCCCGAUAUCAAUAUCUUCAAAGCGGAACAGACAUGACGCCAAUGGUAUCCAGUCCACUCAAAUACCAAGUUGUAUCACCUGAUCAAAAAAGAUGUGGUUAUCAAAGCGUUGAAAAUGCAUUUAUCGCAAGAACUGCUGUCGUUCCUCCACUAUCGCCACCCACCAGUGAAGCGAAUACUACGAUGGUAAGUGGAGCAGAAAAGUAUCACAAAAAUAGUGCACCACUUCUUUUGGUACUCGUUGGAAUUCUCACCUGUGGCUUGGCGUAUUACUUGUCCUUAACCCAAGGAAGAAUGUAUUAUUUUGAUAGCGCCAUCGUUUGUGGAUUAUGUUGUGCUCUAGCAGGUGCAUCAAGAAGUUUGAGGAAAACUUGGACGGGUUUAGGUUUGGCGGGACUCUCGGCAUUAAGUUGUGCAGGACUUUUGCUCCUUGCAGUAAAGGGGCCAAAAAAGGGAACUCCUCUUCACGAUGUAACAGCAGGUGCACUAUGCGGAGUUUCUAUUUUAGGUGCUUCUCUUGCUCUAUUGGCAGUUCUUAGACCUAGAUGUAGUUGCGGUCGACAUAGAAGAGUUCAUUCUUGGAUACCUAGAUUUUCACCCUAAAUUUUAUUUUAUUAAUCUAGUGCACAUAAAUAAUACCUAAUAAUAAGCAAAUAUGCAUUUUGUAAAAAAAUGAAAGAGCCUUACAUUGUACAUUCGAAUAUCUCAAAAGGCUGAAAUUUUAAAAAUAAUCCUAAAACUAAAAAACAAGAUUUUGACUUUUAAAAACAAAACCAGAGUUUUAUAUCAUAAACAGCUCAAAUCUUUUUUUCAUUAACGUUUUUACGAUUAAUGUUAAUUAGGAAUUAAUUUUUAAUGUUAAUAAAAAUGAGUCUGAUUAACAAUAGGAUAUUAAUAUAAUUUUUUUUAUAAUAAUAAAAUGAUGAACGUAUCAUCCUGACAAAAGGAUAGUUUUUAUUUUAUUUGCAAACGAUUUUAAAGACUGUGGCUCAUUCUUAUUUAUAUUAAAACAUUUGUAAUUUUAUAAUAAUUGUGUUCAAAAAAGAUAAACUUGGUAACUAUUUU